CUUUUCUCUUUCUCCUCUCUCUAUAACUUCUACUCCAGAGUAAGAUUAUAUUGUUGUACUUCUCUCUCUCGUCACUAUUUUCUUUCUUACGUGCCGAUAUCGUUAUUUACCGUACCUAUUGUACCUUGCACUUCCUGCAUUAUACUUUAACUUUAAUCCUCUUUUCACUUCCUGCACCACCGCACCACUGCACCUACACCCUACUUGCAUCUUCCACUAUCCAAAAUCAGCCUGUAAGCUUCCGCCAACCCUCAGAUCGCUCGGACUUUGAAAACGUCGUCACCCAACGGGAAAUAAGAUAUAAAUUUCACUCCUCUUUAAUCUACGUCAUACAAAAUCCUUCCUUCUCUUUUUCUCGACCCUUUCGGUUAUGGGUAUCUUGCGACACCAUUUAAACCAUACAGCUGGAGUUGUCACAGAUAAAGUUCCCCUUUCUCAGCGCAUUCGGGUUUGCAUUCGUCAGCAUUCACCCGUACGUUUUCACCGACAUCAUCAUCGUCAUCCUCAGGAUCCCACGAAUAUGGAUAAUAAUGAUAAUGGCGGCGGUGGUGGGCCCUCGCCCUCUCUCGAAAUCUCGCAGUCACAAACUACCGGAUUACAGAAUAACACGUCGAGUUCGAUAUUCGAGAGAGGACCAAGUACUUCAGAUAAACCAACACUUUCUGUCUCGACCGUAUCUGCGAAAACAUCCCCCUCCAAACGACAAUCUUUUCUUCCACCCAUGAUCGCAGGCCUUACAGUCAAGACGGAUUUCACAUCAGAGAAACAGAAAAACACGACUCCGCAUUUCCUCAACUUAUCGCCGAAUGUGUUGGGAAGCAAAUUCAUAGCUCUUAGAAAUCAUGAACAAACUUUGAGGACGAUGCCAAAUACAUUAUUAUAUCAUCCUGUUGUGCUAUCGCGCAAUAGAUAUAGUGAUGUCUAUCCAUGGGAACACCAUCGAAUCAAUCUUCAUUCGCUACAAUUUGGCUAUAUAAACGCAUCACCCAUUGCACUUCGAACUGCAAAUGGAAGUGGAGAGGAGCAGGAAAACUACAUAGCGACACAGGGACCAAGAGAUAACGGUUAUGAUGGUGGCUUGUUUUGGGAAAUGUGUUGGCAAGAAAAUGUAGAGGUGGUGGUUAUGUUGACAAGACCCGUGGAAGAGGGGAAAGAGAAAUGCGGUGUUUACUAUGCAGAGGAUAUCGAUGAGGUCAAGAGGGUCGGGGAAUGGGAGGUUAGAUGUGUAGGGAAAGAGGAAGAGGGAGGGACCGUUAGGAGGACGUUAAAAUUGAGGAGAAUAGGGAGAGCGGCACGUAGUGUUAGCACAACAAGCAGUACUAGUAUCGGGAAUGGUACGGUUGGGACGAUUGAGGCGGCAGAAGAGCCCUCGGAAGAAGACAAAGAAACGGAAAUUAAAGUUGAGGACUUACAGGAAGAAGAAGCACAAAUUGAAGAACGCACGAUCCAUCAUUUUCUCUUCGAAUCCUGGCCCGAUAACGACAUCCCUCAAUCGCCCGCCGAUAUUCAUUCGCUCCUCACCCUUCUCGAUGUCUCUCGCGCCGCUAACAAUCACUCGACCACGCCCCGUAUAGUCCACUGUUCAGCAGGUGUUGGUCGAACUGGUACAUUCAUCGCGCUAGAUCACCUUUUGAGAGAAUUGGACAUGGGACACCUAGAUGGAUUGUCGAAAGACAAAGAUCCUGUUUUUGAAACAGUGAAGAGGCUGAGGGAUCAAAGAAUGUUGAUGGUACAUAAGGUUGCGCAGUAUGUUAUGAUUUAUAACGUGUUGAAGGAGAAAUGGCUAGAAAGAGAAAGAGAGAAGAGCUCGAAGGAUAAGGAGAGAGAGAAAGAUAUAGACGUCGAGGUUGAGACACCAGGAGGUGGUUCGGCUAGAAAGAGGAAGUUGGGCGGGCUAGGCAGCACGACCGAGGAGGGAAGAAAUGGAGGUGGUGUCAAAGUGUUGCAUACAUGAGUUUUUUUAAUGCUGGAUCAAAAGUUUAAUUUGUGGGUGUUGGUCAUGAGAAACGUGGUUUUCCACUAUUCUACGUAGGAGAUCAUGUCAUAAUGACAGCCUUUGAUGGAGCGGGAAGGAAAGCUUAUUACAUAUGUACAAAGUUAUGUGUGACGAAUUGGCAUGGAAGGGUUGAGUUUGGUUGGACAUGCAUCAAUUUCAAAGGCGUUGGGAUUAACAUUAGAAUUAGCAUUAGCACUAGCAUUAGCAUUGGCAUGAGCAUUGGCAUUAGCAUUGAUUUGGUUGGUUUGGUUGCUUUGGUCGGGAGGUAAUAGACAAAAAGUUCAUGGACGGAAUCGGUUCAAUGACAUUGUUGGAUUAGCGCUGGAAUUAGGUUACCGAUGGUUAGGAGUCCGGAAAAGGAAUGGACUUGAUGAGAUGGGUACUCCAUUGAGCCUUUUGAUUUUCCUAUCUGUCUUUGAGUUUUAUCUUUUCCCUUGUUAGUGAUGAGUUCGGUCAAGAUGAGAUGUAUUUAUUCAUUCUGCUAGUGAGCGGGCUCGGUUUAG